AUGCAUAUGAUGACUACCUGCUUUGUUUUGAUGUUAUCAUUACCCUUAGCAUCAUGUUAUAAAUGCAACGAUUAUAAUUUCUAUAGAAACCACUUGGAAGAUUUCAAAAUACAAUGUGGAGAGAAAACAAGCGUGGAGUUCAAAGAUAAAUCAGGAGUCAUCAAAGCGAAAGAUUUCACCGAGGAUGAAUUCAAUCAGUUCUUCUCAAAAAUGCUCCGUUUUCAAGCAUGUAUAAGAGUUGAUGAAGUUGCGUUCAGAAAAGUGUCUUUUCCAGCAGUUAGCGCUAGAGCAGAUGUGAAGUGCCUAAGAUCAUUAGCAGCAGUAGUAAUAACAAACAAUCCAAGAUUGGAAGAAAUCGUUUUUGGUAAUGGGACCGUACCCGCUUCCUACGUCCCUACGCUCAUGGUUCGAGGCAACAAGAAACUUUCCAAUGAAACUAUAAACAAUUUGAAUCUCAUAAAAGCUGGAGCGAGAAAAUCAAAACGAAAUCAGAUCCAGGUUUACGGAGAAAUCUUGGAUAACUCAAAACUAUGCAUUAGGGAUGACCUCGAAAAGCAUCUCCGGACAAGAUUGAUUGACCUGAAUAUGACGGUCCCAGAACAAUGCGAAAUGGUCUGUAUGGGUGGUACUGUUACAUCUGUUUAUAUUGAAACGACCAUAACCGGUCGCCAGUGCGACAUUAUAAGAGGUGACCUCAUCAUAAAAAACUGGAAAGGCGAUACAACUCCACUGCAGCAUCUUUCCACGAUCAGAAAGAUCAAAGGAGUUUUGCAUAUCAGGGACAACGCUAACAUUGAGAAACUAGAGUUUUUCCCAGCUUUAGAAGAAAUUGACGCUGAAUCGGAACACAAACGGCCCGCACUGCUGAUAAGCAACAACAGUGUGCUGGAACAAGUGCAGUUUGUGUCCCUUGUCAAAAUAACAACCACAGCUCGCAUCAGCACGGUUAUCACAAACAACCCGAAACUUAUCAUUAUUAAGGAUGAAUGGUACGAGGCUGCCGGUGGUAAGAAUCGCACCGAAAUUGUUCUUGCCAACAUCAAGGAAGACGAAAGCGGAUUUGGAUCACCUCUACUGUACAUUGUCCUGGUUAUUGUCAUUAUCGUCGUCUUCAUAACACUCGCUCUGCGAUAUACUUAUGGAGGACAAGCAACAAUCUCUUCAUAUCAAUCUCACACGAAGCACAUGAAGAAAGCGUCUACCAUCUUAUGUACAAAUUCUGCCAGAACGAAUGUGAUAGCUUCAAAUAGUUUCAAUCGACAGUUUCUAUGA